UUCGGCUCGUUAAUGGAUCAGCGUGCAAUUUUCAACACCUCAUCCGCCUUACGUUAUAGGUAUAGCCAUGCCUCGGGCAGCAAAUAGCGCUACGGCGAAACAAGAUGUUGUUAGCACUUACAUGACGUACGUUCCUUCAGUUUCGCGGCCGCUGAGGGAGAGGUGGCUUGACGACGGCGGUAGCAAAUGCGACAGAGGACUUGAUAAGAACUUCUCUGACGUGAACGCAGUUACUGAGCCGCCGGCAGCAGCACUCAAAGUCAGCCCAAACGCUGGAAAAUGUGAUGCCAGUGCUCGGGAGCGCCAAGUUUCUAGCUGUGCACGGAUCCAGGUCAGACGAGACAACCCCUUCGAGACAACCCCUUCGAGUGUGAAGUCGUCCUGUGUGACGAGAGUGAAAAGCGAGAGCAUCUGAGGUAAUUUCUUGAAUACUGCAUUUUCUCAGGCGACAAGACAGUCAUUUUCUUGUGUAAAAGGGACAGGGUGGAAUACCUGACGGGUGAUUUGACUCUGGGUGGCUUUAAAUGCGACUGUAUCCACGAAUGCGUGGAGGCUUCUGACCGGCAGCGAGCACUCGAUGACUUUGGCAGAGGCAGAGUACCAAUCUUGAUCGCCACCGACCUUGAAUCUCGGGCGUUGGACGUCGAAGAUCUGACGCAUGUCUUCAACUACGACUAUCCUUUAAACAUAGGAAAGUAGCUGUAUCGAGUACAGCGCGCAGGUCGCGCUGGGCGUCGCGGUUUGUCCAUUACGCUCGUAACCCGUCAGGAGUGGAUGCAGGCUCGUGAUCUGAUUGACGUUUUGGAAGAGGCCAACCAAUAUGUUCCCCAGGAGCUGUACGCCAUGACUGACCAUUUCGACGCCUGGAUAAAGCGGUGUGCCAAAAGACUUCCACAGACUGCCGCCGAAAGGACUCCAGCGAUGGUGAUCAGUGGCGAAAAUGAAUUUGGGUCAUUUUAAGAGCGCCUUUGCGAGGUGACGUGUUCAUCAGCACAUCUGCAGCAGCGGACACUUGUAACGCAGUUAUAUACGCUUUCUGUCAAGCCAAGCCAAACCAAUCAAAUUGCAUGAGCGCAAUUCAGCUCCGUGUUUCUUUUGAAAUUUACGAUAAGGACCCAGGAACCCAGAGGAACCUCCAAAACAGCCACCGGAAGUCUAGAGGCAGCUAACGAGACUAUCUGUGCCCCUAAGGGGGCAUGGAGAAUCGACCAGGCGUUCUGGAUAUCACCACCAGCGAUGCGGCAGGUAGCAGCCCUGUUGGGCCUAUGAUCCCUGACCCAACAUCGACGACUCAGUGGCCCCCGCUCACGUCACGUUCCUGGGCUGACGCAGUCGAAAUGACUGAACUGCAAAGGCAAGCACAAAACCCCUUUUCUAUUCUCGCUGAUGACUCCAAUGACCCUGCCGAUUGGGACAUGGAACAGCAAACGCGGAGGCAAAGAAAACGGCUGCGACCGCGGGACGCUGAUAAGCACGUGCGCAAUCGACACUGGAAGCAUGGCUUUGCAGAGGACGCUCUGCAAUGCGGCUCAGAUUCGGAUCAAGAAAUUGAGAUUACCAGCCAAACGCGCACUCAACAGGACCCCGCGCAGGCCAAGAAAGCCACAGAAACAGCGAACCUUUAUCCGAAUGCAGUUUUGCAGGACACCACCACUAUAAUAGUCAGACCUAAGUCCGCAACGUCUAUUUUGUCGAUUCCAGACACAGUGCUAAACGCCUGGCUCAAAGAACGCCUCCGUAGCGAAACGCCGGCCACCAUCCGCAAACAGCUUCGCGCAAACGUGAUUGCCGUGGAUAUUCCUGCAGAUGUAGCAACGCAAUCAUUUCUAAAGAUAGAGAAACUUGGCCCUGUUCCAGUGCAAGCCUACGUCGAUCCACCGAGAGACGCGAUCAAAGGCGUCAUAUAUGGCGUCAGCACAGAAUUUACUGACGAAGACAUUCGAGCUACAAUUCGCCCCCUGCAAGGCGGACCAAAAAUUUUGAAUGCCUACCGGCUUGGUAAAUCAAAGCAGACUGUUCUCGUAGUGCUUCCCGGAAAUAAGCUCCCGCGUCACGUACGAAUGGAGUAUAUUGCGCAUCAAGUCCAACCUUUCCGCUCGACGCCUAUCUUGUGUUCGCACUGUCAAAGGAUUGGUCACAAGGCGAACAUUUGCCCACAUGAAGCACGAUGUGGCAGAUGCCGAAGAACACACACUGCAGGCGAAAUCUGCACCGCUACGAAACCACGCUGUCUACAUUGCCAAGGUGAACAUGUUACGGGCGAUCCCAGCUGCCCGCACUACAAACGCGAACUACUCAUUUGUCGCAAACAAGCUGUGUAGCCGUCACUCACACGCCGCCAGGCAAUUGCCAGAACUAAGGCUGAGACACACGCUAACAAAUCUACGUCAUUAGAAGUCGCGGAACCCGAGAACAAAGGUAAUACAGAUGUUCAGAAAUUACCAAAGGAAGUUCUUGAUGCGCAAGCACACUCGAAAGAGCGCCAAAAAGCCUCUACAAGGCAACCUUUGCCCAAAGGCACCUUGACACAGCUGAGAAGGAAACAUACCGAGGUCAAAUGUCAGGGCACCACUAAUACACCAGAGAUAAAGAAAACUUUCGUCCAAGAGAACCGUAUGAAAGAGCGACAAAACACGGGGCCGGAC